UCCACAACAAGGUAUUAUCAGUGCUUUUACGGUCAGCCAAAGCAUAUUGAGCCACUGUCAGCCAAGCACAGCAAUAAUUCUCAUCCAACACUUCAACCCUAUCUAGUGGCAGAAGAGUAGGGGAGACCCCUCCACCACCCAGGACAGCAGGAUGUUGGAGAACUCUACAGCUGAGGGCAGUAACAACACUGAUGCUGAGCUGGGGAACGUGGAGCAGGUUCUUGUUCCAGUGCUAGAUGUGCUGAUCCUGGUUCUGGGAGUUGGUGGUCACUCCCUGGUGAUGGUGAUCCUGUGUGGGAGGAGGAGAAGAGGGGUAGGACAUGGGAGGCAGUCUACCCCGAGUUCGACGACUGGUACAGGGACCGACAUCCUCCUGUUGGCACUGAGCGCUGCGGACCUCCUGUUGCUCGCCAUGCUUCCCUUUCACACAGCUGCGGUAGCCAUGCAGCACUGGCCGUUUGGUGAUUUACUUUGUCGCCUUGUGAGCUUCCUGGGAGCAACAUGUGCUUCUGCUAGUGCCUUCACCCUGGCUAGUCUGGCUAUGUCCCGCUAUCUGAUUGUGGUGCGGCCCAACAAAGCCUACCAGCUCCUCUCACCCCGCAGGGUUACGCUAACUGCUGUCCUUCUCUGGGCUCUGGCCUGUUGCCUGGCGGCUCCCCAGUUGGCUUUCCGUUCUGUGGGAAUCCUGCGCCGGGCUCCUGAUGACUCGGCCUGCUUUGCCUUCCUUCCCCAUCAGGACCAGGUAGCCUACGGUUUGUGUCAUUUCCUGCUGGCCUUCUUGUUGCCACUGGCCAUCAUUGUUGUGGCGUAUGGCAGCAUCUACAUGUUCCUAUGGCGAAGUCAGCAGCAGGGCAGGGCCCCCCAAGUGGAGCGCUACCAGAGCAAAGUGACUCACACAUUGGCCAUGCAGGUGCUGGCCUUCACCCUAUGCUGGCUGCCCUCCUAUGGCCUAACGCUGGCCUUGCUGGUUAGCAGGAGCUCUGGAGCCACCGGUACCUCCCCACGUUAUGGCCCCUUCAGCGUGUUGGCCCGUGUUAUGGCCACCUCCUCUACAGUGGCUAACCCCAUCCUCUACGUCCUCAUGUCCCAAAAGUUCAGAGAAGAUUUACUGGAAUUGUUCAAGAUGGCUAAUGGGACCAGAGGAGCGAUAUCUAUGAACACUAACUGACAGCUACUUACAGCAGCAUAGUAUUAGAAACUACCUCAUUGUCUAUCAGAAUCAGAAUCAUGUUUAUUGGCCAUGUAACCUACAUGGAAUUUUUUUUUUGGACCCCCCCCUUUUCUCCCCAACUGUACUUGGCCAAUCACCCCACU